UGAGGAGGAAUCAAACAAAAGCAGAGAGAACAGGUAGAGUUGCUUCACCUAGAAGAAAAACAGAGAGAAAGAAAGAAGGAAGGAAGGCAGCAGAUUUGAGAGAGAAAAGGGACUUAACUCCUCAGAGUCCUGACAUCAGCAGAACUAGAGGAAGAGGAAGGAGGUCAGCGGCUGUCUGAGCAUGUCUGCUGAGAUCCACUAAGACUCCAGCAGCAUGUUGGUGAAGGAGUACCGCAUAUGUAUGCCGCUGACGGUGGACGAGUACCGGAUCGGCCAGCUCUACAUGAUCAGUAAACACAGCUGUGAGCAGAGUGGAGGUGGAGAAGGAGUGGAGGCGGUGAGGAACGAGCCAGAUGUUCAUCCUCAGCAUGGACCUGGACAGCUGACGGAGAAGAGGAUCUACCUGAGCAGUAAACUGCCGUCCUGGGCCAAAGCCUUGGCCCCGCGGUUCUUCUACGUAACGGAAAAAGCAUGGAACUUCUACCCGUACACCAUCACAGAGUACUCAGUUUCAUUCCUGCCCAAGUUCAGCAUCCGCAUCGAGACCAGAUUUGAGAACAACAACGGCGAUAACGACAACGUGUUUGGAGAUUCUCCCACUCCGGCCGACAGCGUUUGUUUCCUGGACAUCCUGAGCGACCCGAUUCCUGAGAAGCACUACAGAGAGUCGGAGGAUCUGAGUCUCUGGCGGUCAACUAAAACGGGUCGAGGUCCUCUGGAGGACGGCUGGAGGGGUGACCAGGAACCCGUCAUGUGCUCCUAUAAGAGGGUCCAGUGCAGCUUUGAGGUCUACGGCUUCCAGACCAGAACCGAGGAGUUCAUCCACCGAAACAUCCGCGACAUCCUCCUGGUGGGUCAUCGGCAGGCGGUCGCUUGGAUCGACGAGUGGCACGGCCUGAGUCUGGAGGAGGUGAGGGAAUACGAGCAGGAGAUGCAGGAGAAGACCAACAGCAAAGUCAAAUCCAGCCACAGCAGCUCAGGUUCUCAGGUCGUAUCUCGUCCUGCAUUCUCUCGUUCCAUCUCGGCAACGGACGAACGUUCGCUGAAGAAGAUGGGCGUCACCACGGCGACCAUGUCGGACCAGACGGACUCGUCAGCGCCUCCGUGCCCCGUUCGACUCAACUCAACCCCAGAGUGACGCCUCGAACUCACCAACACUUUUAUUUCUGAAUAAGAAAACAAACGGUUUUUGGAUCUGAGGUCGAUAGAAGAUAAACUCAACGUGACCUUCCCACGCAGCUGAACUGACGUUACAUAUUUUUGUGUUACGUCACAAGAAUUCUGCAGAAAAUAUGCGCUCAGUUUAGUUUUAUAGUUUCUGUCCAACCAAAUCUCCACAAAAUCAGAGCUUAAAUCAAGAUCCAUUCAGAACUUCUCCAUCUGGAUUUAAAUUUUGACCUUGAAGGUUCGUUCAAGGGCCUCAAAUAAAAGGUUAUCUUCCUUGGCUGCUAUUUUUCGGAUAAAUCGAUCAGCUGUUUGGUCUCUAAAAUGCGAGAAAAUGGUGAAAAAUGUGGAUCAACGAUUCAUUGUCCAAAGAGCUUCAAUUUACUGCCAUAGAGGACAAAAGAAACCAGAAAAAAAAUCACAUUUAAGGAACUACAAUCCCAGAAUUUGGACUGUAUCUAUUAAAUAAGACUCAAGCUGAUUAAUCGAUCAGCUGUUCGGUCUCUAAAAUGCAAGAAAAUUAUGAAAUGUGGAUCAGAGUUUCCUCAAAAGUCUUGUUUUGUCCAAAGAUCUUCAGUUUACUGUCACAGAGAAGGAAAGAAACCAGAAAAUAUUCACAUUUAAGAAGCUGAAAUCACAGAAUGUAUGUUUGUUUUUUUCAUGUUUGGUCUCUGAAAUGCGAGAAAAUUUCCACAACGUUGGUCAACAUUUACCUAUAACGACAUUUUAAAGAAUAUUUUCCUUUUCAAUAAUAUUCCCAAAAAGAUAAUAUAAUGAUUCAUCAUUCAGAGGAAGUAAAAAUAUUGUCAUACCAACAUUCAAAAAAAUAUUUUCCAGACGUUCUCAACAUCUCAGAAUAAUAUAUAUGUAAACAUUAUAGAACGUUCUUUUGUAACACAUCAUCACAAGGUUCGAUGAUAAAGAAAAAACAUUCUUAAACCAAGAUUUGGAGCCAUUUUCCAGAUGUAAUCGAGGCCUUUUUUAAACAAAAGUACAGAACGUGUAUGUAAUGUGAUGUAUUAAACAUGGAAUAUUUUGUCUUUUGUUAACAAAAGAAGGAUGUUCUCAAUGCAACGUUCAGUCUUGAGAAUGUAAUGGUUCUCAAAAUGUUAUCAUCAAACAUUUCUGGAACAUUUUAGUUGUUUUGCAUAAAAAUACAAAACAAAACCAAAUAAUUUUUCUGCCUUAAGUUAACCUUAAAGCCUUCAAUUGUCAAAAAAUCACAUUUUAGAGCAUCUUCUAGCUGUAAUUUCAAUUUACUCUUAUUUUAUUUUUUUUCCCUCUGCAUUGUUAAAUUACAGAUAUCGAGGUAAAUAAUUUCAAAAAUGUUUUAAUUUACUAGUUAAUAAUAAGAAUAAAAAAAUCAUUUAAAAAAAAUCAGACCAAAACAUCUGCAUCAUAAAUAUCCUAAAACAUAAGAGGACACUAUUUUGGCUUUAUUUUAAUCAAUAAAAACAUAAUUUUGAAGAUUAUUUUCUGUUAUUUGAAAGAUGUAUGAUGUAUAUAAAGGUCAAAAAAAUUAUUUUUAACAGAUAUUUUGGAGACUUUCUCAAUUUUGCUAAACUACAGAUUAUUGUUAUUAUUAUUAUUAUUAUUAUUAUUAUUAUUAUUAUUAUUAUUAUUAUUAUUAUUAUUAUUAUUAUUACUUUAACAGUUUUUUUUAAAGGGGUCAAAAUUGUACAUAAAGUUCACAUGAAAAUUCUGUAUUUUUUUCAAAUGGUAAUUUGUUCUUUUACAAUGUGUGACUCUAAAAUUACAGUUUCUUUGUACUUAAAUCGACUAAAAACAUCCCUAUUGUACAGAUAUUUGCAGGUAUUUUAACAGCUGUCCAAUGUUACAUUUUACAGUUUUUUAAUGUAUAUUUUCUAGCACUCUUGCUGGUGACCUCUAUCGCCCCUCCUGCCUCCUUAUGUAGAAUUUGUGGGUUUUUCACAAUAAAAGCCUUUCCUGCUA